AACAAAUUCAUUUGGAACAGAGAUAGUAAUGUAGGAUAAAUAUGUAUAAAUGCAUAAGAUUUUUUUGAAGACUGAAUGCUAUGGAAUGCUUCCUCUCAUGGUAAAGCUUCAUGUUUCUCUGAUGUGUAAUGAAGAAAGUUGUAGUAUCUGUAAUCAUAAAAGGAAAAAUCGAAAGACAUCAAUUGACUUCUGUGCUUUCCGUCUGGACCUGAAGUUGUGGCCAAAAUCCUUCUGUUUGGAUUCUGAACUAUGACAUCAUGGCAAGGUUUCGCAGAAGAACGUGCAUCAUUUUGUUGCUUUUUAUUUUGUUUAUUUGCUCCAUAAUGAUGGCUUUGAAGACUCUGAGACCUGACAGAGCUGGAUUUGGGGAUCCGUUUGGACUUGGUUUGUUGCCCGAGCUUCAACAGCGGACAGUGCUCUUAGAAAAUAAACAGAAUUCACAAAACAGGGUUCAAGGAGAUACUGUAACACACGUCAGUAAUUUGCAUAGUAUUGCAGCCAACACUAUGAAAGCUUCUAUGCCUCCCGCAAACAAGCUGGAAGAAGAGCUGUCUUCUCCUAAUUAUAACUUCCACAUAUUCUAUUAUAGUUGGUUUGGUAAUCCACAGUUUGAUGGAAAAUAUAUUCACUGGAAUCAUCCCUUGUUGCCACAUUGGGAUCCCAAAAUUGCGAACAAUUAUCCAAAGGGAAGACAUAAUCCUCCUGAGGACAUUGGGGCCAACUUUUAUCCUGAACUUGGAUCUUACAGUUCCAAAGACCCUUCUGUCAUAGAAGCCCACAUGAAACAAAUGCGUUCAGCCUCAACUGGUGUAAUAGUGCUUUCAUGGUACCCACCGGGUAUGGCUGAUGAAAAUGGAGAACCAACUGAUGAUUUGGUGCCUGUUAUUUUGGAUUAUGCACACAAAUAUAAUCUAAAGGUCACUUUUCAUAUUGAACCUUACAAAGAUAGAGAUGAUCGCAGUAUGUACCACAAUGUCAAAUACAUCAUUGACAGAUAUGGAGGCCACCCAGCCUUUUACAGACAUAAAACCAGCACAGGCAGAUACCUUCCUAUGUUUUAUGUUUACGAUUCUUACGUAACACUUCCUGAAAUAUGGGCAAAUCUGUUGACUGUGUCUGGAUCCCAGACUAUCCGAAAUACUCCGUAUGAUGCGUUAUUCAUUGCACUUCUUGUAGAAGAAAGACACAAGCAUGACAUUCACAGAAGUGGCUUUGAUGGAAUGUACACGUACUUUGCCACCAAUGGCUUCUCCUAUGGCUCAUCCCAUCAUAACUGGGCAAGUUUAAAAGCCUUUUGUGAUAGUAACAACUUAAUGUUUAUUCCAAGUGUGGGGCCAGGAUAUAUCGAUACCAGUAUCCGACCAUGGAACAACCACAACACUCGUAAUCGUGUCAAUGGGAAGUACUAUGAGACUGCCUUCAGUGCAGCCCUUCUGGUGAGACCAGAAAUUAUUUCUAUUACAUCUUUUAAUGAAUGGCAUGAGGGAACUCAGAUUGAAAAAGCUAUCCCCAAACGGACUGGACAGAUGGUUUACCUUGACUAUAAGCCUCAUAAACCAAAUAUUUACCUAGAGCUUACUCAGAAGUGGUCUGACAAAUACAGAAAAGAACAAGAGCAGUGGCUAAUGUGAGCUGUUGCUGCUCCAGUUGUAUCCUCAUGCAUUGACUACAUUGGGAAAGAAAUUUGGAGCUGAAAAAUCUGUUCUUAAAUGUCUUUAUUUUAAGUAUAUUUAAAUUAUUCUAUUUCUUGAAUGUAUAUGCAUUACUACUGAAUUUGAAUUUUGAAGAGUAAAAAUAUGAUGAGAAUAUAGGCAUUUCUGUCUUAUUGGAUAUUGUAGUUCAGGAGUAUUCAGGGAAAAUAUUAGGGCUUUGUUUGGGUUCUUGUUGUUUUUAACAUCAUAACUUGCAUGUUGAGCUUCCAGAACAUCUGCAUGGGAGAACUCUACAUGACCAAAGGAGAACAAAAAUUUGGCAUAGUUAACCUGACUUCCUAUAUUAUUAUGUUUCUAUUUUAUCCUAAUAGCUUCUUGCAGGCUGCAUGUCUGUAGUAUGUGGAAUAAUUUACAUCUACUGUUUCUAAUGCUUUGCACAGAGGGGCUUCUCGACAUGUGAGUGGCUUGUGGUAAAAACACUGAAGAGUUAUGUGAUGCAAUGCUAGUGUGUUUUGUUAAAAGAAAAAAAAAAAGGUAUUUGAAAAAUUUUGUUCCAAAGAACUGCUGAAAGACUUCUAGUUUACUUCCAUUCUAUUCAGUAUGUUACAGACUUUUGCAGAUUACUAGAUACUGACCAGUACUGACCACUAACAGUUCUUUCUAUGAUAUUUUGAAUUUAUUUUCUUUUAAUUGUUUGAAACAGAGUAGAAAAGAUUUUUGAAGGAGAAAAAAAUUCCCUGAACAUGCAAAAAAUAUACUGAAACUUCUGUGCUAUAUAUUGUCUGCUAAUUAACUGCAGACACAGAUCUAGUAUGUUUUGCAGACACAGAUCUAGUAUGUGUUUUAAGAUGCUUAAAAAUUCUAAAACUAAUACCUUACUAGUCGUACAAUAAAUAUUAUUUUAGGAAAUGCUUUUUUGUUUGAUUUAGAAGCGGUUUAGUUUGCUAGCAAUGAUAGUAACUAUCCAUUGUUUUAAAUUGAAAUCUGAAUUUUUCAUUUAGUUAUUCCAGGAUUCAGAAUAAUAGAUACUAAAAUCUUUUUAUCAUUCCGAUAAGCUCCCUUCCAGCUCUACCUUUAAUACUGUGGUGAGGCUGGAAAUUAGUGCUUUCAGACCUAAGUAUCUAACCUUCCAAAUGCUGUGAUAAAUGACGCUUGAAAGGAUCAAGUCACACAGAUGUGUCUCCUCACCAAUCCUGGUUUUGACAUUUUUGUACAACUUCGUAGAAAAGUCCUGAACUUUGGAAUAGUAUAAAUUGCACUGUUUUGUUUAUUUGCAGCAAGUGUUUAAUCUGUAGCAAAGUGUCUUGUUUGGUUUUUUCCUUUAAUUUUAUUUAUUUAAAUACAAGGUGCUGAUCUUCUGUUUUAGUUCAUAUGUUGGAACUUGUGACCACUGGAAUUCCAUUGAUUUCAGCAGGACCCAUGGAAUUACACUCUUUACUCAGUUCUCUCAGUUAUCUUUCCAUGAAGUUGUAAGGUGAAUGAGAGGAUUUUUGGUUUAAAAAGGAAACAAACCCAAACAAUAUGCUUCUUCCAGAAACCUUUUUCAUUCCAAGUGAACAUAAAGCAGAUACUGCUACUGUUUUCUAGAGUCUUUCUGUUAUGAAAAAGUUUUGUUUAUGUAUCUUUCACUUACUUAGUUUCAUUCUCUUGUCACUUCUCUGCAGUUGUUAAAUAGAUGAAGUGUCAUAUUAUGGCCUCAGGUGCUUGAAAAAAAAAUGCAGAAAUUGGAUGACAGAUACAGAACCUGGCAUGUUGAAGUGUGCCUCUGGAGUUACUGGAGUCUUAUUAAUAUCUCUUCAUAAUUUUCUGCGUUGUCCUACUGCAAUUCUGCAAAAGUGUUUACUAAUGCUCAUUUUGUUUUACUUAUGCUCAGGUGGAUAAACUGAAGUAGGUACAGGUCACAAAAUAGUGUCUGAGACAUGAAGCACUUGUUAGAUUUUGCCACUUUCAAGUUAACCACUCUCCCUUUACUAAGAAAACUGACUUACACGUUUUUAUGAUAAGUCCCUUAAGUAUUAUCUAUACAUAUUUUUUUAUAAUUUGUAUAUGUUUAUGCUUUUACAGCCCCAAUAGCCAAUAUAUUUAUUUUCAAUGUGAGAGAAUUAUUAUUUUUUGCAUAGCAAUAUUGCAUAUGUUAUUACAAGGUCUUCUGAAAUCAAACCUUUUGAAAGGACAAGUCUCUUUGUUUUGCCUUUGCUUAAACUUCUGUCAUUCACUUCUAGUCUUUUCUCACUGUAGUUGUCUGAGCACUUUACUAGUCUUGACCUCGCACUCAGCUUUCAGCUCCUGUGUGGCAGUUUGUUUUCUCCACGACUAUAAAAGUUGCUUGUUUUGUUACAGUUUAUAGAAACAUUUGAAAUUUGUUGUAGAGUACUGUAGAACUGUGGUGAUGUAUCUUGUUUAAAAUACAAUUUUAUGGUAACAGUGUAAUUGAUCUUCACUACUCUGAAAGACUUCUGUAUUUGCUGUGAAGGUAUCAUCCAGCCCUUGCCAUGAAGUGGUGUGGUCUAUAAGACACUGAUGUGUAAUGGGAUCUUUGGAAGAAUUUACACAAUUUUUGCAGAGAAGAGUGAAAAUUAAGUGCCUAGAAAUUCAUCGUCCCUGAGCACUUACUGUAUUUUUUAUGUACUUGAUGUGUUUUAAAUAUAAAUAUGCAACCCAAUAAUGUAUUUCAGAGUUUAUCAUUUAAUGUGAUGAUCCCAAGGAGAGCUGAUGGGAUAGCAGCUUCUAAAACUGCCCCACCUGCCUGCCCAAAAUUUUCUCUGUACGUUGAGCAAAUAUUAGUGCUACUUCUUGUUUACAAGGGAUGGUGAGUCUUGCUGAUGGACUUCUCCUGCAGUAGUGGUAGUUUUUGGAAAAUUGAGUAAAAAUAGGUCUGUGGGAGGGAGUUUACAUAAAUGCAGAGGAAUAAGAUUGUUUCAAGUACGCAGUUUUUGGGCUGAGGGAAGAUGAAUGGAUUUAGAAGGUGUUUGCUCCAAGCUUUGCAGUUACAAAAAGUAUUUAAAAAAAAAAGACUCCGAUGUGCAACCAAAAUUGGGAGGGAAGAAUAUUUAUUUCAAGUUUCAGAUCUGAAAUGGAUUUUAAGGAAUACCUAGAUCCUAUUUGACUUUAGCUUCAGACCCCUAUUAUUUCUUGACUAAUUGAAAAAAAUAUUGUAAUGAUUACGUUUAAUAUUUUACACUGAUUAAUUGCAUUUCAGUCACCUUUUUAUAGUAUGUUAUAGUCCUUAGAGUGAUAUGCAUGAUAUACCACAUUUUUAUAGAUUAGGCAAGAAGCACUAUGGGAAGUUUUAAUAGAGAUCAUGUCAUGCUAUUUCUCUGCAAAUACAGAAAUACCUGAAGUUACUGAUCACAUACUGCUGACUGAGUAUCCCCAGAGGUGAAAUGGUUUCUGAGACAAGUAGCAAGUCUUUGUGGUAAAACAGAACUUCCUUUUAAAAGAAAAUCUUUAGGUUAAUUUCUGCAUUUGUUGCUUGUGAUCGAGGAAAUUGUUUCGGUUCUGUGAGGUAUUUCAGAACUGAAGCUUCUCACAUCUCUGAAGUAAAAAUUUAUAUGAAAUCUUGUACAGUAGUGCAUGUUUCUCAGAUCUGUAAACUUGUGCUAAGUUUUGAGGGAGAGAACACAUGCUGUUACUGUUUCAGUGGCAAGCUGUAAAUUAUUGUGAAUAUAGUUUCUGUGCUGAUGUUAAUCGUGUUUGUCUAGUGCCUUUCUUUUGAAGUGCCAAUGAUUUGUCUCUUAGGGGUCUUUAGUGAACUCAUUUUUAGUAUGCAGCUUGGUAAGUAUACACUCUGCAUAGUUUGAAUUAACACAUUUUACACAUGGCUCUUGGGUUCUCAUGAAAACAUCUCACAGGAGUGUUUUCAGCACUGUGUUGCUAGAAGAAUGUAUCUCUGGGCACAUGGACAAGAAUGUACUGUAAAUAAGGGCACUUUAUUUGUGAAUCUUGUGUACCUUAAAAGAUGGAAUAAAGUAGUUACAAACUGUUUACCACUAACAGCAAACUGAAAUUCUCCUUCCCAGUCUUAAGGUGUGUUACAAGUAUUGGUCCUCAUCUUUCUACUUGCUUAAGAUAAUGUCAAUCUUUCAUUCCUUUUUUAAUCUUUUAUUAUUGACCAGCAUGUUAAGUGUUGCAUAAACUUCUAAAGUGAUUGUAUUUCUGGGACUUAAUAGUUGUAACAUUCAGUAAAGAGAGAGUACAAGACUAUAGGUACUGCAGAAAAGCCUGAUGUGAAUUUUACAUUGUAUAGGUAUGAUCCUGUUGUGAAUGGAUAGUGUAUCUUUGCUAUGUAUUGAACAUGAAUUAAAAAAACCCCAACAUUUCUUUUAAUACUUUGCUGUGGCAAAGAUGCAUUUGCUUAUAUGCAUAUAUUAAAAAAAAAAGUGUGUGUGUGUCUAUUUAUAAAUAUUAUAUAUGUGCAUAUAACUAAAGUAAUUCUUUUUAAAGUACUUUAUCAUUGUAUUAAAAUUACAGGCUGGAUUCUGAUACUUUUAAGUAAGAAAUGUUUCUAAUUCCCUAUGAUGUUUACAAAAUAAAAAAUUGCUUAUGUAUGAAUACUUCAUGAACAAUAAAUAUAUGCCCCAAAAGUUUGAUUUAAA